AUGUCCUCCUUCGCCACACCUUCCCCGCAAUCCCCACGGCCAUUCUUCAAGCGGCCCGGCUACCCCAGCUUCAAAGUAGGGAGGGUAGGAAAACUCUAUCUUCCAGCCAUGGCCGUCGUUGCAGCUGGAUUCGGCAUCGCCAAUUACCUCAAUGAUUUUCAAGCCCAACAAGCCCGGUACCAACUCCAAGAGGAAGAGCGGAUCCGGCAUAAUCAGAAAUUGAUGGACGCGUACGGGGACAAGGAUAGUCUGCAUGAUGUCCAGCAUGCGUUGGAGAUUUAUGAGAUUCAGUAACCUCCUGUGACGGGUAAUGAUUGAUGAUAAAUGGUGUUGGUGUUAGUGUUGGGUUUUCACAUUUAUUGCGUCUACAAUCAUCAUUCCUAGUCUCUGCGGGCAGGAUUAUGAGUCGCUGACUUGUGGAUAUUUCUGUUUACUUCUAUUGAGAUAGCCUGUUGUACUAUAUCCAACUUUGAGACAGUGUUUUGCAUUCUGG